AUGGCCAAUCAAAUCGCCGCUACCUUUUCUUCCCUUUUUUCUGAAAUUUUUUUAUUUUUAUUUUUUUUUGAAAGGGUAUUAUUCUUGGAAAUCAUUGGAUUUUUUUGCACCUUUUUUCUGUCAAUUCACUCAUUUUUAAAGGAUAUUUUCGUUCAUUCGUUAAUUUAUUUAAUCUUUCUAUUCCACCAUUUUUCUUAUACAUUCUCUUCUUUGGUGCCUAUAUUCUUUCCUAGUUAUUCUUGCUCUGUUUAUAUUCCAUGUAUCUCUUUAUCAGUGAUAGCCGCUUUAUAUAAUUUCUUUCUUUCUUCAUAUCUUCGAAUUUUUAAUUUUUCUCACGUUUUCUUUUUCGUUCUUUCUUUUUUUUUUUUCUUUCAUUACUUCAUUCGUUCUUUCUUUCUUUCUUCGUUUCUUUCUUACAUUUGUUUGUCUUUCCUCUUGCUUUUCUUUCUCAUCUCUUUUUCUAUCACUUUAUUCUUUCCUCCUUUCAUUCUAUCUCCCUUUCUUUCUUUCUUUCUUUCUUCUUCCCUUUCUUAUUCAUUUCUUUCUUGCUUCUUUCUUUCUUUCUUUCUUCUUCCCUUUAGUUUUUCUUUCUUUCUUCUUCCCUUUCUUAUUCAUUUUUCUUGCUUCUUUCUUUCUUUAUUCUUCUUCCCGAAGACAAACAAUUAUAACGACACGGAGUAUUUUCCUACUCCUACUACAAAAUAUUUAUAUUUUUCUUUCAUUCCGUAUGUACUGACGAAUCCACAUCUUCUACAGCCAACCCACAAUAUCCCCUCUUUCUUACAUUUUUUUUUUCUUCGGCGGUAUGUUUUAUUCGUAAUUUUCCAAAAAGAUAUCUAUUUAAUUUACCCUAAAUUCUUUCCUCUUUUCGGCACUGUUUUCGUCCGCCGACGUUUCAUACAUCUUCAUGUUCCCUUUCUCAUUUUCUUCGUUGUCUUACCGCCAUCUUCGCCCCAUUUCCGCUCUCCAUUCAAGAAGACAGUUUUCGCUGUGAUUUCGCGCCUCAAGAGUGAAGGCAAGCAGGCUUAG